CGUCUCAUCCGUCACCCGAGUCUAUUCUCGCGGGAACACAAGUCCGUUCUCGCCGUCUUAGGUGUUGAGAGAGGGCCUGAGAUAAAUGUGGACAAUAAUAGUUUCAUUUUUUUUAAAUAGUUAGAGUAUACUUCUAAUAAAAGGUAUGGAUGUAGUCCUGUACCUCAUCGCUGCUGUUGUGCUCAUUGUGCUCAUUGGGUUUGCAUUGAAGGUACGGAGACACACACAGCAAGCUGAUGAAGAGCAGCAGCGGCAUGUUAUCCGGGCCGUUGGGCUCCCUCAGCGGGCUGCCGAGGACCGAGGGGCCGGGAUGCCUCGCAGGCGGAGGAACCUGGCUUCAGUGAUGGCCAACAGACUGCCACAAAGAGAAGCUGUGGAGAACGAGGAGGAGCAGGUUGAGGAGGAGGCUGAAGAAGAGGUGGAAAUGCAGCCCACUGCAAAAGUUGGAGCCAAGAAGCAGAAGAAGCAGGAGGAGAAACAGGCCAAGAAGGCCCAGAGAGAGGCGGAGCUGGAAGAGCGAGAGGAGAGGAAGAGGAUGCAGGAGCUUAGAGAGCAGGAGAGACGUCACGAGGACGAGAGAGAACGACAGCUGGAGCAGAAGCAGGAGGAGGAGGAGCUCCGGGCCAAAGAGGAGCAGGAGCGCCGGGAAGAGGAAGAGUACUUGAGGCUCAAAUCCUCGUUUAUUGUGGAAGACCAGGGGGAGGAGGAGCAGCUCACUGAGGACCAGUCACGCAACCUGCUGCAGGAGUUCAUCCAACACAUUGAGAGAUCGAAGGUCGUUCUUCUGGAGGAUCUGGCUUCUCAUUUUGGAAUGAGGACACAGGAUGCUAUUGACAGACUCCAGGUUCUUUUGGCAGAAGGAACCCUCACAGGCGUCAUUGAUGACAGAGGGAAGUUCAUCUCCAUCACUCCAGAGGAGCUGGACUCAGUGGCUCGCUUCAUUAGCCAGAGAGGAAGAGUGUCCAUCACAGAGCUGGCUCAGGCCAGUAACUCUCUGAUCAACUUGAUGCCAGAGAGCCUCACCAGUGCCUGAUGGACUUCUGGAACCCACUCCGCAUGACAUUAAUUCUCCAACGAGUGAAGAGCUCACACUAGACUGUUGGUCUGCUGCUGUCUGAUGUCCUCCAGAGAUACAUACAGGAACUACUGUGAUAUUAAAUAAACAAACCCAUCAUCACAUCAAA